AUGGAGGGAAAUUCUGGCAUAUCAAACGGAAGAGAAGGCGGUGAUGAGGUCUUUACCAUCACCCUCAGGAAGAUGGGUCUUUCUGACAUUGAUGAUUUCAUGGUUUGGGGCACAGAUGAGAAAGUGGCUCGUUUCUGCACUUGGGAGCCUUAUGGUAGCAAAGAAGAGGGGCUCAAUCACAUCAAGGAAAAGAUCCUCCCACAUCCAUGGUUUAGGGCAAUUUGUCUUGAUGGCAGGCCUGUUGGUGUUAUUCUAGUAAACCCGAAUUCAGGUAAUGAUCGGUGUCGAGCUGAAAUCGGCUAUGCCUUGGGGUCCAAGUACUGGAGGAAAGGAAUUGUUACAAGGGCAGUGAAGAUGGUGGUUAAUACUAUUUUUAAGGAGUGGACACAUUUGGAGAGACUGGAAGGUCUUGUUGAUGUGAACAAUGUGGGAUCACAAAGGGUUCUGGAGAAGGCUGGAUUUCAAAGGGAAGGUGUUUUGAGGAAGCAUUAUAUUAACAAAGGAAGAACUAUAGACGAGGUCAUUUAUAGUAUUCUAUCCUCCGAAUGUAAAAAUUGACAUAAAACUCGUAGUACUCUAUUCUGGUAUGCCUUUAGAUGAUCGAAUGAAGUUGGAUUGAAUCAUUGUCCUUGUGUGGUAAACUUACUGUCAUUUUCUUUUCUGUAAAACUCUCUAGCUAUGUUAAGAACGCAUGUUAGCAACCA